AAGAAGUAAAUCAGGCAUUGAUCUCCUUUUUCAGAGUCACUGUUUUCGGGCCACUUCUGGAAAGCUGUUAGCUGGCUCGACAAUCAGUUACGUGCCUCAAGGUAGCCAGGCAGGAUUUGCUUCAAAGUCGCUUAGUUUAUGCCUUCCCUCUGGUCAUUUGCCAAACCCUUGUUUGUUACCCCGUGGCGCUGUCCGAUUUUCGCUCCGGUUGCCCCGUCGGUGUGCAUAUACUCUGGAAAGCCUUAGGGGAUGAUCCGAGAGAAUUUUUAGGUGAGGCUGAGCGGGCCCUUCCGUGUGGACGUGAAGGGAAAUACCUAUUCGACACUCCAGCUCUUGGCUGCUACUGGACCAGUCAUGACCAGAAGAUUCUCCAGCACAGCAUAUCACUGCUUUGCAGUGGCUGUUUUCACCAUACUUGCGGGGUCCCUUGCCCAUGGACAAACAUGUACCUAUUUACAAUAUGGCCCAUUUCACGCUCGCGAAAAAUGUACAAAUUAUAACCAUUCUCUACCUGCUAGGGCGUAUGUCUCUGGCACAAGUUUAAUUGUCUUAACUCGGCAAAUAGAAAACAGCAAUAUACCAUACCUUGCGGCAAACUCUUUUCCGUACCACAAUGGCAUCCAACAAUUGCUUUUUAUCAAUGCGAGCCUAAUGACCAUUGAUAAGGAUGCUUUCAACACCCUGCCAAAUCUUCAGACUUUGGAUUUGACAAACAACAAAUUUGCCACACUACCAGAAGAUGUGUUCCAACCUCUGAAAAAAACUCUAACAGGAAUAAAAAUAGCACAGAGCAGAAUUCAGAUGCUUCCACCAAAACUCUUCCAUGGCCUUGCAAAACUGGGUUAUUUGAAUCUGGAACAGAACAUGAUUCUAUCACUUCCAGCCAACCUCUUUCAGAACCUUCCAAUUUUACAUACAGUGCUUUUGCAGAAGAACAAUAUCACCAGACUACCAGAAGACUUACUCCAACCCAUUAAUGGAACUCUAGCUCUACUGAAUCUGGAACAGAACAUGAUUCUAUCACUUCCAGCCAACCUCUUUCAGAACCUUGCACAGUUACAUACAGUGUUUUUGCAGAAGAACAAUAUCACCAGACUACCAGAAGACUUACUCCAACCCAUUAAUGGAACUCUAACUAAACUGGACUUAUCUAAUAAUCCACUGCAGAAGACUCAUCGCUUGUGCGCUGUGACCAAUUACACUCUCAGCAGUACAGUUACUGUGAUACUACCAACGGCUGUGGAGUUAUUCGUCAACACUAACAUCACUAAAGCCUUCUGUCAUAGCAGCUGUGAUUCACUCAGCGCUGUCACCACAUGUGGUGAUGCUCGGCGUUGGUGCAGAGGCACAGUGGGCACCUAUCAAUGUCUGAGUACCGUGGAUGCCUGUCUGAAGUUCCACUUACCUCAUGUUACUGUGGUGUCUCUGAACGUUUCUGCCACAUUCCAAUGCGAGAACGGUUCUUAUCCUCUUAACAGUAUCACCACUGGAUCCUGCCUGUAUCACCCAAGAAACGAUACAUUCGGCUGGAGCGGCACCCGCACUUGCAAAUCUAUUCUAAGCUAUUGUCCUGCUAUGAGCUUGGAAAGCACUGCGUAUCAGUUCGGCGUUGGUAAUGCAACAAAUGGAAUUGUCGGUUCAACUGUGAUCUGUAAUGAUGGAUACAGUCGAGUUGCUGGAACUAAUGAAAGUAUGUCAGGAACUGCCAUUUGUUCGAGUGUCAAUGAAACGCAUGGAAGUUGGAACAUCACUGGGGAGUGCAGGCUCAAUCCAACCUAUUGUCCUAUCCUGAAUUUGACAAAUGGCGAAUAUCAGUUCAGCAUUGGCAAUGCAACCAAUCGAAUUGUUGGUGCCACGGUAACUGUGACCUGCAGCGAUGCGUACAUGCCAGUUGCUGAGGCUGAUGGACGCAGUCAGCAGUCUAUCAGUUGUUUGACUAUGAACGCAACGCAUGGACGCUGGGAGGCCGUGGAGUGCAGGUUAAAUCCGCACUACUGCCCUGCUCUGGCCUUGUCACACGGCUCGUACCAGUUCAUCUUCGGCAGUGCAACUAAUCGCGCUUUGGAUGCCACCGCAGAUGUAAUCUGUGAUGAUGGGUACGGAGCGGUUCCUGAGACUAACGGCAGCAGUCCAACGUCUGUCAGUUGUUUGGAAGUCAAUGCAACACAUGGGCGUUGGAAUAUGGCGGUGGCGUGCAAUCUCAAUCCAACCUACUGUCCUGCCCUGGUGUUGGCAAAUGGCGCAUAUCAGUACAGCAUUGGAAAUGCAACCAAUCGAAUUGUUGGCGCCAUGGUAACUGCGACCUGCAGCGAUGCGUACAUGCCAGUUGCUGCGGCGGAUGGAAGCAGUCAGCAGUCUAUCAGUUGUUUGGCUAUGAACGCAACGCAUGGACGCUGGGAGGCCGUGGAGUGCAGGUUAAAUCCGCACUAUUGUCCUGCACUGGCUUUGUCGCACGGCUCGUAUCAGUUCAGCGUUGGCAAUGCAACUAAUCGCAUUCUGGGCGCCAGCGCAGCUGCAAUCUGUAAAGAUGGAUAUGGACUGGUCGCGGAGACCGACGGCAGCCUUCCAGCGUCCGCUGGCUGUUUACAUAUGAGUGCAACUCUUGGCCGUUGGAACAAGACUGCAAAGUGCGAACCUGUUAUUUGCCCAGCUGUGCCAAUCACGGUUGGAGGGCUCAGCAUCCAGUACUCAUCAACUAGUAAACAAGCAGGAAGCACUGCCACUUUGACAUGUGAGAAGGCAUUUGAACCCCGUGUAGCUGGGUCACCCACAUGCAUGUCAGUGGGUUCGUCAGUAGGCAAAUGGUCUCCGGAACCAGUCUGCCAAAGCAUACUCAACUACUGCAAUAAACUACCAAUCGGAAACGGUCAGGUAUCCUACACAGGAGGACAACAGAAGUCGGCUGUGGCACAUUUGAGGUGCUUCAACGGCUACAAGCCCCACGGCGAUAGAACUACUUUCACAUGCCAGUCACUCCUUCAGAAAACUGGCUUCUGGAGUGGAAGUCCGCAAUGUGAACCCAAGAGUUUCUACUGUCACACGCUGACAAUUGCAAAUGGCCAGCUCGUCUACACACAGAGGCGGCUGAAAGGCGACACCGCCACCCUGUCCUGUAGCCAAGGUUACAGGCCCGCGGCGGGUAUUGCCGUGACAACGUGCACAGAGCUGGACUCCACCGAUGGUACCUGGAGCCCGACGCCGACAUGUGAAGCUAUCCCCGGCUACUGCCCGACGGUUUCGGCGGACAACGGGCAACUCGCGUACAGUGCAAAUCGGCAGCUUCAGAGCACCGCUAAGCUGUCCUGCGAUAAUGGCUACACGCCCAAGGCCGGCAGUGCAGUGGUGACGUGCAACAUCUUCAGCACUGCUCACGGUGACUGGAGUGGAACGCCGACGUGUGAAAUCUCGACAAACUACUGCCCGGAUGAAGUGAUAGCCAACGGCAAGCUCACCUAUCUGGGAAACCGGCGAGUCCAAACAGCCGCCCAGCUGUCGUGUAACCAUGGCUACGCACCGAGCAACGACAGUCUGACGGCAACGUGCAACGCUACAGAUUCCAGUGGUGGCACUUGGAGUAAAAUAGCCACUUGUGAACCGAGGGAGAAUUACUGCGGUACGUCCAAACCAGCCGCCAGCGGAAACAUCACCUACCCGGCGGUGACCGCACUGAACUCAGUGGCCAAGCUAACCUGUGAACUGGACGCCACGCUCACCGGUCCCGGCACGUUCACCUGCUCCGUGGGAACUGAGCUGUCGGGCGUAUGGAACGGAACCAGCGCAUGCCGAGGAGUGAACAUGGCUGGAGGUAGCGACUCCUCGAGCAUCCCUAUAAUCAUCAUUGCUCCAUCUGCCGUGGGCGUCCUGCUCAUUGUGAGCGUGAUUGCCCUGCUCAUGCAUCGGCACAACGUCACCCGGCAGCACCGACUGGAGAGCAAGGCCAGCAUGCGCCAGCUGAGCAGGGACAACGCCAACGGCAUGUACGGCGCCGAGUCACCCCUGCACGCCGGCGCUGGUAGCAUGAUGUCGGCUAAACCGAGCAUGAGCGCGUCGACAGUUCAGUUUGAGUACGACCGGCCGGAGGUGCGGCAGAGCAACGUGACCACCGGUAGCCAGUUCUGGCCGAGCAACGCCGGCGAGCUGGACACGUACGCAGACAUCCCUGGCCAGCGCCACCACCCGGGCAUCCAGCGCAUCGACACGGCCGAUCUUGACAUGAACGCGGUGGCGUCGGCGGCCGGGGGAGAUGACGGAGACCUGUACGAGGCCAUGCCGGUCAACACCAUGCAGCUGGGUGCCGAUGCCAUACGCGGUGCCGGCGUGGAUCGCAGCGGCUCCCACCGUCGACCGCCCCAGCGCUCGCCAAGUGGAAGGCCCGUGCCCGGUGGCAGAGGUCCGAUACCGAAGGUCAUUGACCGCUACGCCAACUCCACGCCACUGGCCAGCAGGGACAGCUUCCAACGGCCGCCGGUAGAGCGUGCCGACAACACUCCUGCACCUCUGCCCAACCCGUGCUCGGACGCUCCGCCGCACUCGCUGGCAUUGUACAUGGCAUCCGUGUCGGAACAUGAACCAGCAGCAGCGGACUUGGCGCUGGAGUCUCGCUCCACCACCCCGCAGCAUUACGAAGUCUCACUGGACCCAAGGUGCACGGAGAAUUUCUACGCCGAAAACGAACCUCAGGAAAACUACGAGGCAAUGAACAUGCCUGAUCCACCUGCCAUGAACUUUGACGUGAACGCAAUUGAACAAGAGCUCGAGGCUGCGGCUCAUAACAUCGGCAGCAUGCAGGCAAAUGAACUUUACAACUGCUACAGCACUGGCUCAAUUGGGCCAGGGGAGUCGGGGACAGCGGCGAAAGCAGCAUCCGAACAUCGCCUUUCAAUGACACCGUCGCUCAUGACCGUUAAGAUGGAAGCCGCGGAUGUGGACGAGUCGCUGUACAACCAGAACUACUCCACUCAGUCGAUCUGUGUGAGCGCCUUGCCGGGCCACAAGCAGAGUACAGAAUUGCCCCCGCCCCCGUCGAUGCUUAGUCAACUGACGGGCGCUGGUCGCGUGCGUUCUGCCACAAAUCUAAGCGGACUGCAGCCGAUGACCUCGCCUGGCAAGAUGAGAAACAACUCGAACGCCGGCUCCUAUCAGAGGCGAGGCGAUGGCGGGCGUGGGACCAGCGCUUCCCUUCAGCGCUCCCGCUCAGCCAGAGCGCCAUCGCCGAGAGCAGGCGGUGGUGGCGGUGGCUCGGCACGCUACUCCACGGCACGGCGUCCUGGCCCGGGUGGCAAGGCCAACAGCGUAAUGGGAGCAGCUGGUGCCAAUCAAGCAGCCAAUCAGCAGCUGGCGCAGCUGCGACGCAACGACGACCAGAAGUAUGACCAACUGGCCAACAACACUGGUGGUGGUGGUGGCAGGGGUGAGCAAGCAAACUUCAACGCCUACAGCAUCAUGCCGUCUUCCUUCGGCGCCUCUCCGGCCGCCGCUCCGUUCAUCGAUGACACCGACGGAGUGUACGAGCUUGACCCGUAAGUCGGUGGGCCCCCGAAUCGACUCCGAUACAUUACUUCUCAUCUAUUUGUACACAAUUUGUUUCCUGAUUGAUUUACUUACGCAAGGCCCCUGCCAAUUGCUCUAUGUAUUGUUCUGCCAGCUCUCUCUCUCUCUCUCUCUCUCUCAUCACUUCCCCUCGUUUUUGUGCGUGUUUUCAUCACCCCACUCCCAUGACGUCUCCGGUAUUGGUUUCCUUGCUUUCAACACCAUCGACCAAAGAUGUUAUUUUGCAGGAGCUUGCCCUGUCGUCAUUCUAUUGUCAAUUAUCAUACACCCUUUCUGGAUGCUAGCAUUCCUGCUUCGAAGUUUCUUUGUUUAGCUGUGUUAGUUUUGUUAGGUUUGUUUGUGUAUUCAUCAUCAACAAUAUCCUGAGUCAGCACCGUUGUCAUCAGUGUUGUAAGGCAACUUAUUCAAUGCAAUCUA